AGAAAAUAAGAGAAACUAAGCUAAAAAAAAAACAUAACAAAAGCAACGAGAAGAAAGGAAAAAGGGAAACUAUAAGAGAAAAAAUAGGAAGGGACGAGGAAAUGACCUAAAAAAAAGAACGAGAACAAGAAGAAAGCAAAAAAGAGAAACUGUGAGAAAGGAAAAAAGGAGAGUGAAGGGCGAAAAAGCAUUGACGGAGAAAGAAGAAGAAGAGGAGAAAGAGCGGCAAGAUGGGAGCGUGCGCCACCAAGAAGGAAGCCAUCAACCCCGGCUCGGCGCUCGACAGGGUCAUCUCCCAAGCCUCCAGCGACGACUGUGUCCUCUACCGCCUCGCCGACUACAAGAAAGGCGGGCGGUUGAUUGAAGAGUACUCGCGAGGAGGCGGCAAGGAGGUGGAGAGGCUCAUCUUGGAGGAGUUUGGAGUGUUUAUGUACAAUCACGGCCGAGGGAAGGAGAUCACGCGGACCGAGUAUCUGAAGUGGAAGUACAGGAAGGUGCCCAAAGACCAGAUGGUCGUCCACAUCCACUCGGACAAGAAAUCCCCGUUUGACCCUCUGCAUAAGUGGAAUGACCAUGAAGCGUGUUGGCAGAUGCAGUUCCGCGGCUCCCUGGGCGAGACGCUGCUGCACGUGCUGAUAAUGUGUGACACCAAGGCCCAUACACGCGUGGCCAAGAUCCUGCUGCGCUGCUUCCCGAGGCUGUGUGUGGACGUGGUGGAGGGCGAGGAGUACCUGGGAGCCAGCGCCCUCCACCUGGCCAUCGCAUACGGUAAUAAUGAACUCGUGACCAUUCUGCUUACCUGUGGCGCCUAUGUCCAACAGCGAGCCAUAGGUAGCUUCUUCCUGCCGCGGGACCAGCAGGUAACAGUGCCUCCCGGGCCGGCGAACACGGACUACGAGGGCCUGGCUUACCUCGGCGAAUACCCUCUGGCGUGGGCCGCGUGUCUGGGCAACGAGACAGUGUACAACAAGCUCCUGGACUAUGAUGCCGACCCCAACGCCCAGGAUAACUUCGGCAACAUGAUCCUCCAUAUGGUCGUCGUGUGUAACCAGUUGGGCAUGUUCUCGUACGCGCUGCGCCACCCUCGUAACCCCGCGCAGGAUGGCAUCAUGAACGAGACGGGCCUCACACCGCUGACCCUCGCCUGCCGCCUCGCCCGCUCUACUAUCUUCAAGGAGAUGCUCGAGCUCACCUGCAUAGAGUUCUGGCGGUACUCGAACAUCACCUGCAGCGCCUACCCCCUCAACGCCCUUGACACCAUCAGGCCCAGCGGAGAAACGAACUGGAACUCGGCCCUCAUGAUCAUCCUCAACGGCACCAAGAGCGAGCACCUGGAUAUGCUGGAGGGCGGCAUCAUACAGCGACUGCUCGAGGAGAAGUGGAAGACCUUCGCCAGGAACCAGUUCCUCAAGCGCCUCGCCAUCAUGUUGCUCCAGCUGAUCCUCAUGAGCGGCGCCGUGUACCUCCGACCCUGCUACUGUGGGCCCAAGGACAUGGAUAAGCAUGACGAAGUGGUGCGUGCCAAGCUUCACAACGACUUCUUCGAUUACGACGUCCAGAGCAUCGCGCGGUACUGCUUCGAGGCGGGCACGCUGGCGGGAGUCAUCUCGUACGUGGUGUUCCAGCAGGGCGAGGAGAUCAUGAACCAGGGACUCUCUUCCUUCAUGAGGGGACUGGUGAGUGAGUGA